AUGAAUGACGGCGACGUCUCACAGAAGUGUCUGGUGCAAGUGGCGGCGACGUCGACAGCCUUGUUUGUGGUCGGAGCGGCGGCUGCUCGGCGAGUCGCCGGUGACGCGGCCCUGCUCGGCGUCCUCGUCAACGGCCUUCUGGCGACUGUCGUCAUGGGAGCGGCCGUCGUGUUCGCAAGACUUGUCGAAAUUCCUCUGGGAGAUGUGCCGCUGCUACUCGUCGGCCUCGUCGUCGACAGAUUCUCCCAGAGCAGGCGAGCCUUCACGGACCGCUGAAACAAAGUAGAGGUCUCAGGAUGACGUUGCUGCUUUUCUGGGCUGCCAACGUCGUCGCUUCUCUACUUUUCUGUGCAUCCGUUCACUCUGCCCCAGCUAUAACUACAGUUCAUAGGUAGGAAAAAAAAGUCGCAAAAACCUUUUAUGGAAGAAAAGCUGAUAUUUUUAGAAGAAUUUAAUUUGAACUUUCAGCAAAAUUGAGCUUAUAAAAAACUGGAAAAAAAACCAAGCGGUGAAAAUAUUCUCAACCACAGGCAGAAUUAUUUUUUUUUUACUUAUAAACUUCGUUCGCCGCUGGCUUAGACCGGAAACGGCCGCGCGAUAUAAUAUCUUCAUCUAUAAAUCUAUCUCCACUGAUAAUCUUUAAAAAAAUUUUUUUCGAAAAAAACUUCUUACCACAACAUUUUUUCACCCUUUUUAUUUUUUUAUAAUGCACUGAAUUGAGAAAUUAUGAUUACUUGUAUUUUCACGUUUUGCGAUACACGGCGAAAAAAAUAAAUCGAGACGUGUCUGUGGUAAUUUUUGUCUCAAGCCUGUGGUGAACGGAGUGUAUGCCGCUCCUCAAGUCGGAUGGGUCUGAGGACGAACGAAAAGAAGAUAGGGAUGAUUGAAAAUUGAGUUGCUUCUUUUUUUUUUCAAAUCUGAGGCACAGUCCACUAUUUAUUUACCUGAUGAACCCAAGCUAAAAAUUGUGUAUAUUUUUUAUAUUUCGUACUCGCCCGGUUAUUGAAUUUUUAUAAAUCAUCAAAAAUCAAUCAUACUUUAUCAUACAGGAUGAAGUUUUUUGCAACCCAUAAUUUUAGAACCCCUCAAAGCUUGAACCCUAUAGGCGACCCCAGGACAUCAUUUUAGGGACCCUAUAAGGGGAGCGUAGGGGUCCCUAUAGAGGUUCCUAAUAGGGCCUCUAUGAAACUCCUUUUAGUCUUUGGGACCCCUCGAAGGUUUCUAAGUUCGCUCUUUUUUGAAUCUAUUGCUACAAUGAAAAAAGAACCAGACAACAUACAUUCCAGGAAGUUCUUUCAUCUGACUGCCUCGCUAGUGUUCAUUUCUGGACUUUUCGUCGAUGCUCAGUUUCUGUGGCUUUCGGGCAGCCUGUCUUUGUGUAUCUUCAUCAUUGUGGAAGUGAGUCAAGGUUGAAAAAAAAAUUCGUGCCUAUUUGAAGGUUUUGCGUUUCCACAACAUCCCGCCAUGGGGAGAGUUCCUAAACGAGACGCUGUUGGUGUUCCGCGACCACCAGGACUCGGUAGUGCUCCUGACGCCGCUGCUGCUGCUCGCGGGAAUGCUCCUGCCACUGAUGCUUAGUCGCAACCUCGCUCCUGCGCAUCUGGAACACCUCGCCGGCGUUGCUACCGUUGGAGUGGGAGACAGCGCGGCCGCUAUUGUCGGUUACACGUGGGGAACAAAAAAUUGGCCAAAGUAAUGACGUCAGUGUGAAAAGUCUAUUUUUUGAUUCCAGAAGCAGAAAAACAAUGGAAGGAAGUGCGGCCAUGUUUUUGAGCGUGACGAUUUUCUUGCUCGGCGCCAAGGCGUUCGUUUCUUCGGCUGCCUCGACGACCACCUGCAUUCUCGUCGCUUUCAUCAUUACCGCUAUGGAAGCCACUCUCCAGAAGUUUGACAAUAUCAUUUUGCCAUUAACUGCCUUUUUAUUGUUAUAAGACACCUUUAUGAAAAGUUGAGAAAUUAAAAGGUAAAACUAGUCUUGUUGAGUAAACCCUCAAAGCUCCUUUCAAUGUGACCCUUGUUGUGCAAUUGCCGUUUCAUCUCACUUCUUGUUAUACAGGUUCCAUUCGUAUUGCCUCGGUUGA